AUGGCCCACGUAUCUGAUGAUUCGGCCCAGGAUAUUACGCAGGCACCGGCUUCCAAGCGACGUCGCGUAGCUGUCGCCUGUGACGCUUGCCGGACGCGCAAAUCCCGAUGUGACGGCAACCGGCCGCUCUGCUCCUUGUGCCGGGAUUUGGGCUUCGAGUGUAUCUACACACCGCCGACGACCGCCACAAAUGUAAUUGUGCAGAAAGAUUACCUGCAUGGGCUGGAGGACCGGGUAAGGAAGCUUGAGGACUCGCUGUCCACUGUCAAAGAUGAUAUUGCUGGAUUGUUCACGAAAGUGGAUCGGGGCCCUGGGCAAGUAUUACAAACGAGUGGAUAUGAGCAGGGUCAAAGAGUUGUUGCCGGUCCUGUGCCUGACUUGACGGGCACGGAGGACUCGGUGGAUGCUAUGGGAGCGGUUACCUUUGCAAAUGAGGAGGAUUCGGGAUUUUUUGCCAUGGCGACCAUUACCGCCGUUCCUGAUGGUUCCAAGGCUGAUACACGGAUCGCUGAGUCCGACGUGUUCUACCAGCGCGGUCUCGGUUUAUGUGGGAGUGAGAUCUUGCGCGGUGCAACACUGGAGGUUGUUCAAUUUCUACUUUUAAUGGGCCAAUAUCUUCAAGGCACACAAAAGUCCAUUCAGGCGUGGACGGUUCAUGGGCUAGCUGUGAAAGGAGCUCUUCAACUUGGACUACACGCCCGAAAUGCCUCAAAGUCAUUUUCACUUCUUGAGCAAGAAACCCGAAAGCGGACUUGUGAGAACCACAGGACUCUAAGCAUGACAUUUGGCAGACCUGCAGCCAUUCCUGAUAGCUACGUCAAGCUGGAUCUGCCAGUCAAGCGUGACUUUGAGAAGCCCUCUGAUUUCGUGGAAGAUGAAACUUCCGUACUGAGUGUUGCGUUUUUCAAUGCCACCAUCACUCUAUAUAAAGAUCUAUGGAAUGUUCUGGAUCUUCUUUACGGCCAAAACCUUGGCUGUGAUCCCUCGCUACCAAUCACCGAAGCCGCAGCACACAUAUUCAGCAUGGAACAACAUCUCUUUGGCUGGGAAAGGUCUCUAACCCAGCCACUGCAGCUGAUUUCCACCACCAGCUUGAACGAAAUGGCACAAGGUCAACUAUCCAACUACCAGUACUUUUCCUGGAAAUUUCGAGUCAUUCUCACUUUACGUUAUCUCAACCUCCGUGUCUUACUCCAUAGGCCGAUGCUAGUGAAAUUCAUCGCAGCAAGUGCAAACCCAGAACGCGAUCCCCAGGAUCUAAAACUUCUCCAGCAAAUUGGCAUGAACAGCUUGCAGAUCUGCGCCGAUUCAGCGAUGGCAAUCAUCGACAUCGUCCACCAGGUCGUAACAGAGCGGGGCUGGAAACAGAGUCUCCUAGGGGCGUGGUGGUUCUCGUUAUACUAUACUUUUAAUGCGGCAUUGGUAAUUAUCGGCACAGUCUGGGUCUACCGUGACGCCAGCAUAACCGGCACCCCGGUGACAGCGCAAGCCAGCAAAGCAAAGCAGUACCCCAGCCGGGCCGUUGCGGCUCUGUCCAAACUAGAUGAGGGGAAUCGCCUUAUCGACCGAUGCAGGUACUAUCUCGAGCAAUUUAAUAAGGUUCUCAAUGAUCCUGAAACGCACCACGAUGUUGCGACUCCAUCAUUCCACGGGUUCAAUGGAAACCGCAAUACAUCUGCUAAUGAUUUGUCUUUUUCUCCAUUUGGAAUGGAGCUCGGUGAGUUUAUGAUGGAUGGAGAUCUUGUUGGUAUGAUGGAUCGGCAGGAGAUUUUGCCUGAGCCGGGGACAUCGUAUCCAGCUUGA